UAGGAGUCAGCCUAGUUGUUAGGGAAACGGUGAAAUGUAUGUAAACAGGAAGUGACGUACAAGAGGCGGAAGAAGGAGAGCUGGCAGCUGUGUACAGGAACACUUGGCGCUGCCGGUCCGUCUGAGGAAUCUUCCGACGAGCAGAGAGGAUGGUGGUGGAGGUGGAGAGCUUCUAUGGCGUCUAUCUCUUAUUUUGCACCAACCCAAAAUACAAAGGACGCAUCUACAUCGGCUUCACGGUGAACCCCGAGAGGCGCAUCCAGCAACACAACGGGGGGAAGAACAAAGGGGGAGCCUGGAAGACGAGCGGGAGAGGGCCCUGGGACAUGGUACUGAUUGUUCAUGGGUUCCCCAAUGAUAUUGCAGCGCUGAGGUUUGAGUGGGCAUGGCAGCACCCCCACGUGUCCCGCAGGCUCACCCACGUGCCACGUAAGACAAAGAAGCAGUCCAGUUUCGACUUCCACCUGAUGGUCCUCUAUCACAUGCUGCGGGUUGCCCCGUGGAACCGCCUACCCCUCACCCUGCGCUGGCUGCGACAGGAGUACCAUAAGGAGCUGCCCCCCCUGCUCCAGCCGCCUCUUCACAUGCCCUUGGCUUUCGGUCAGGUGAGGGCACGUCCGAUCUCUAAAACACAAGGAGAAAAGGGCCCGGGGGAGGAAGGGACCAGCCAGCGACCCUCCCCACAGCGAUGUCGGGUCUGCUAUGAUAAAGUGCAGAGUGAAGAUGACGCUCUUCACUGCAUCCACCCCGGCUGUUCUCUGACUUCACAUAUCAUUUGUCUGGCUAAACUCUUCCUCCUGAAGCAUCCCCAGCAGCUUAUCCCCGUGGAGGGUCCGUGUCCGAGUUGUGGAAAUUCUGUGCUGUGGGGAGAUCUGAUCCGACACAAGAAAGGCUGCUAUGGAGAUCUGGAGGAAGUCUCACAUUCUCAGGCACAUUGGGUGGAUGAAUUACACAGCUGACCCCUGACUAUGCAAUCCGUGACCAGAGAGUGGCUUCCACGUGUGUUUACAGGGCAUAAGACACUUUGUAACAGUUUUACCUUUUUUUUUUGGUUCUUUUAUCUUGGAUAAAUACAUUUUAGUAAAUGUGUGAUGAACUAUUAUCUAUGGGAAAAAAAAUAUGGAAUUUAGUUAACAAAAUAAUGUUAAUGUGAUUGGUUGGUGUACCAUUGUAUUUAUUAAUCAUGUGUGCUUAGAAAAUAAAUAUUGUUUUGUAUUUUA